AUGGAGAAACAAGUUUUUAACCUUAAAUUUGCUGGCAAGCAAAUGCAGCGUUUUGCUAUGCGUUGCAAUAGAGACGAAAUAGAAUCGAAGAAUAAGUUGAAGGCUGCUAUUAAGAAAGGAGACACGGAAGGGGCAAGGAUACAUGCGGAAAAUGCUAUUCGUCACAAACAUACGGCAACCAGCUACCUGAAACUUGCUGCUCGAAUAGACGCCGUUGUCUCCAGAGUCCAGGCAGCUGUUACGACGAAGAAUUUCACCAGGAGCAUUUUAACAGUUGUCUCGUGUAUGGAAGAUGCGGCAAAGUCCAUGGAUAUGGAAAAGGUUAGCAAUCUCAUGGAUAGGUUUGAAGCAGAGUUUGAAAAUAUGGACAUACAGUCUAAGCUUGUAAGCUCAUCUUUAGCGAAUACAAUGUCCAUUACAACUCCUGAGAACGAAGUUCAGGGGCUAAUAAAUCAAGUAGCUGAUGAAACUGGAAUCGAGCUUAACCAAGAACUUGAUACUACAACUCCUCGUUCUCUUUCAGUAGCCCCUAUUUCAGCUGAAGAAGAAGAUGGCCUGACUCAGCGCUUAGCUAGGCUUCGACAAUCAUGA